GGGAACUUAAAACUGUUUCCAACUUUAAACACAACUCUGUUUGUAUAAUAAUUGCUUAAAAUCAGGAUUAAGUCAUAAGCUGAUUUAAAUCCAGAAGUUAAUUGGAUAUCGGGUUUAUACUCGGAUACUCGGUAUGGCGGUGGAUUGUUGCGGUAGGUUGGAGAUUCGUGAGUUUGUACGCGGAGAGACCCCGCUAAAGAAGCGUUGUGAAUGUCUUCAAUCCGACGACGAGUUAGUCCCGAGUUUCCCUGCUCUUGUUGCCCGAUUGUGGUCUAGUGAUGGUGAUUCGCAGCUCGAGGCAACUACUCAGUUUAGGAAAUUACUUUCGACAGUCAGAACUCCUCCCAAUGUGGAAAUUUCAUCCGGAGUUGUCCGUCAAUUUGUCUAUUUUCUUACACAGCAUUACCACCAGCGCCUCCAGUUCGAGGCUGCAUGGGCUCUCACCAAUAUUGCUUUUGAGUCCUCUGAAAAUACAAUUAUGGUAAUUGAACAAGGGGCUCUCCCUGACCUUAUCAGGCUUCUUCAUUCUCCAAGUGAUACUGUGCGGGAGCAGGCUGUUUGGGUGUUGGGCAAUCUGGCUGGCGACUCUCCUAAAUCUCGUGACCUUGUCCUUGCUUCUGGUGCUUUGCUGCCACUGCUGGCUCUGUUAAACGGCAAUGAAAAACAUUCGAUGCUAGGAGUAGCCACCUGGACAUUGUUAAAUUUCUGCCGUGGCAAGCCACGACCUCCCUUUCACCAGAUUAGGCCAGCACUUCCUGCCCUUUUGCGCCUUGUUCAUUCUACAGACGUGGCGAUCCUCACAGAUGCAUGCUUGGCACUAUCACAUCUUUCCGAUGGGUCUUAUGAAAGAAUUCAAGCUGUAAUUGAAGCUGGCUUCUGUCCACGUCUAGUUCACCUACUUGGUCAUUUUUCUCCAUGGGUUCUUAUUCCAGCACUUAGAACUGUAGGAAACAUUGCAGCAGGGGAUGCUGUCCAGACCCAGUGUAUUAUUGAACAUAGUGUUCUCCCAAGCCUUCUGAGCUUGUUAAUGAUCCAAGAUCAUAUGAAGAAUGUGAAGAAGGAAGCUUGCCGUACAGUUUCAAACAUUGCUGCUGGAAACAAGGAAAAUUUACAGGAAAUCUUCAAGGUUGGGUUAUUUGUUCCUCUACUAAAUCUGUGUCAAAAUGCUGAGUUCGAUAUAAAGAAAGAGGCUGUAUGUGCUAUUGCGAAUGCAACUUCUGGUGGUAGCGAAGCUCAAAUCAGGUACCUGGUGCGUCAGAAUUGCAUCAAGCCUUUGUGUGAUUUACUAGUCUGCCCUGAAUCUAGGAUUGUUACUGCGUGUUUGGAAGGACUGGCGAAUAUCUUAGAGGUAGGAGAAGCUGAAAAGAAUUUGAAGAGGAAAGUUAGCUAUUAUGCUCAGCUAAUCGAUGAGGCUAAGGGACUCGGGAAAAUAAAGAACUUGCAAAAUCACGACAACAAUGAAAUUCGUGAGAAGGCUAUUGAGAUUGUUGAGACGUACUGGUUACCAUACAGUGAUGGGACUCGGAGGAGCUCACUUCAGAGCAAAUUAAAACUUCUGAUGGUAGAUAAUGGGGUGAUGAUAAAUGAGUGAUUUUAAUUAGAAAGCUAAUUUUAGUUAAGAAAUUAGUGUGCAUGCAGGGGGCCUCGUUAUUAUUUGUGGGGUGAAAUCAAUCUAUAUUUUUUAGGGUUAAAUAUCAAUCAGGUGACUCAUUGCAGUCCGAUGACUCAAGUUGGUCACUGAUUGAAAAAGUGACUCAAAUGAGUUACUCAUUUAAAAAUUAGUAUAAAAAAUAUCACUCUAUCCUUAGUCGAAAUUAUGAAAAUUUUAUAUAUUGAGUUUUGC